UGCAGCUCCUGUUGUUAGUCACAGCGAUAGAGAGAGGCUUUAGUCAGGAUUGUACUCCACCAGAAACUAAAGAUCUGAAAGUCCUACUGGAAGAUAUAAUUGGAGGCGGAAACAGUGCAGCAGCACCAAAUAUAACUUUGGUUGACUUUAAAGUAGUCUGUCGUGCAUAUGGCAAACAGCAGGAUCUCCUAAGAGCCGUCUCGGUGGUUAUAGAGUACGUAUGCUCAGGUCAUGAUAACUGUCCUGUAGUGGCCCCUGCACUGGAGCAGAUUGACUUUUGAAUGUAUCCGUGGACAGUGGAGCAAUAGUGUGUUAGGGAUGACUGCUAAUACUCGUUCCACUAACCCUGAAGCUAGUUUCACAACUACUAGCAGAGAAGACUGUGCACAGUGCAUAGCUCCUGAGCUGGGCGAAAAAUUUUCCUUCAUUACUGAUAGUAUCACUCACUGUAGAGUGGGUGACUGUGGACCGCCUGUUGUCCCUGCUAAUGGAGAUGUGAGAGUGUUUGGAACAUCAGUUGCUGUCUAUUUCUGUGAUGAUGGGUACUAUCUGGCUGACAGGAGCUAUAGAGUGUGUUUGGAUAAUGGUGCCUGGUCAGGUAGUGUCCCUGCAUGCAAU